AUGGGCGAAAAGUUCAUUGUCGAGUUCGGCAGCAGCAAGGAAGAGGAUAGGAAGGCCCUGAUCAGAGAGUUAACGGCCGACGAGAGGACCAAAGUCGUUAAGCAGUUCGAUCACGCCGUCUUCUCCGGAGUUGUCAUCGAGACUGGCAACCAUAACCUGGACACUCUGCGAGCCCUUCCGAAUGUUGGCAAUGUGUGGCCAUCAAGGAAUGAGGGGUUGCUAGGGGCACUUGGAGGACCACAGUCGUAA